AUGAGCCUAGACCAUGGUGUUACUGCAGUUGGUUACAGCGUGAGUGAUGAUGGGACCAAGUAUUGGUUAGUAAAGAACCCAUGGGGUAUAGAAUGGGGUGAAGAGGGGUACAUAAGAAUGCAAAGAGAUGUUGAUGCAGCUGAAGGACUUUGUGGCAUAGCGAUGUCUGCCUCUUACCCCACUGCAUAG